UGUCUUGGGCUGGGGUGUAUUGAUGGAUUAUGGCGUCGUGUCGGUGUACGUAAUUGGAUUGUGCAUGGCAUUUCGCUGUUGAGUUCGGGGUUUUGGGGUUAGGUUUUCGAUAUUGCGUGGUAGAUUGGCAUUAAGAAGCUAUUGGCACUUUGAUAGUUAGAAUUUUGGAUGCGCUUGCAUAUCGUCGGGGAUCAGUUUCGGGGGACUUUGGGAGUGGGUAUGGAUUGGUAUGGGACUUGUAGGUGUGGGCUAAGCUAGUUAUUUGCGGAAUGUCCUGUUUCCGCGUCGUUGGGGCGUGUUGUGGGUAAAUUUAAUCUCUUUUGUUUAGGGUUUCUGGUUGUCUGCUGGAACGGAAUAGGGUUUGUGGGUCUGAACAAGUGCUGAGAUUGGGGUUGUGUGGUUGCUGCGUUGCCCAGAUCAUUGUUGUAGCAAGUAAAGGAAACCAACACAACAGGUUGAUGGCUUGUGGAUUCGAAGGUUGUGAAGCCGUAGCGGGCUGUAGUUCCAGCAAAGAUGUGGUUGAGUAUUGUGUUAUUUCUUAGAAGUUGUUGCCGAUGAGCGAUCCAGCCCUCUGGUGUCUGUCAAUGGCACCCGAUCUGGUAGGACUUGAGCUGGAGUUUAAUGGUGCGGGAUUUCCGUCGAAGCAAGCUGAUGGAUGUAGGAAGAAGAUGUGACUGACUACUAGGGUUCUGUUUCGGUUUCUGCUUGCUGAGUGAUGGUUUGAUUUGAUCAUAAUUAUCAUGAAUAUCAUUAAGAGUUUUUCUUAAUUUAGUUUUGUAUGAAUUUUUGAUUUUUUUAAUGUGGAUUUCCUCGACGUGCGUCCGGUUCGUAGAUUAGGGUAGCAGAAGACUUUAAGGUUUGCUUCGGAGUUCAUCACACUGGAAGCAAUUCCUGAUUUGCUUUCUUGCCCCUCAAUUUUAUGAUACCAAGUUGUAUCAGGCAGGAGGUAUUGGUCACUGCCCACUAGAAAGCGAUUCACACCUUUAGAGCUUGCGGCGUAUGGACUUCAGAAGGUCUGUCUGAGGCUAUUUUGGGGUCUAUUCUUUGUGUUACGGUGGCUAAGAAAUGGGAAACCACAUUAUAGAGGGUUUCCGAGUUUACAUGGAUAUUUUUCUUACGUUUUCUUCACUUGGUCUGUCACAGGCUGACCAUCAUGCAGUGGCAUAUGACGACACUGAAAGUAUGCCUAUGCGGAUGGUUAUUUGCAAAAUUGUUGCUCUGCAGGCAAGGGUAAUGGAAACGGGACAAGAUGGCAUACAACCUCUUAUGCAACCUUGACUUGUUGCCAUUGCGUGCCUAUACGACAACAAUCCGGCCAAACAAAUAGCGAGCUUUGCUUGCGCCUUUAGAAUUUCUCUGGAUCUACACCGUGUUUCCAGUGAAAUAUAAUUUGUGUCUAUAGCUGAACCAUCGCAAUGCCAUGUUUUAAACAAUGUUACAGGUUUUUGUGCUGCUGGUGCGGUACUGAAGUUAUAAGCAGUCUUAUUCGUGGCAAGAAGAGCGUUUUUCGCUAUUGGACGCGUUCACAAGCUUCUGGUGAAUACUAUUGACGAUUUGCGUUGUGGUGCAAGGCAUAUUCUUCGGACAGAGGACUGUUUGCGGAGCACAAUUUUUCCUCUAUGCUUGUACUCUUGAGGUAGACAUUCAUUAGAAUCAGGGGUGUUUGUACAUUUGUAUUUGGGUCGUACCGUGACAAAGUGGAAGGAGAUGCGAAUGUGCAGCAAAAAGUGAAUGUUUAGCGUCGAAUGCACAGGAAGAAGCGAAGGGGGUAUGGAGUGGAAGUAUGAAGAAGCUGGGUAAGGAGGAGCAUUCGAAGGAUGGUGGAGUGGGUAAUGAAGAUGUUGAUGGCAUGUUGGCGUCCGGUGCAAAAGUACACGCACAUUGGGGAGGAGAGCGGAGAUAACCAUGACCCACUGCUGUGGUACAAGGACCUGGUUGAUCAUGCCACAGGACAAUUUUCUAUUUCCUCUGUUCAGGCAAAUGCAAUCUUGGAGGACAUGAGCCAAGUUGAAACCGGACCAUUUGGAACAUUUGUUGGAGUGUACGACGGUCAUGGCGGUCCCGAGGCGUCUCGUUACGUCAAUGAUAGUCUCUACCGUCACUUGCAGAAGUUCGCUUCACAAGAGGGGGGAAUGUCUGCCGAGGUUCUACGGCAAGCUUUCAAGCAGACGGAGGAGGGAUUUUUGGAAAUUGUGAAGGAUUUAUGGCUCACGAAGCCUCAGAUUGCUGCCGUCGGUUCCUGUUGUCUGGUAGGGGUGGUUUGGGAGUCCAAGCUGUACGUCGCCAGCCUGGGUGAUUCCAAGGCUGUGCUCGGAAGAUACUCACGCCACCUUCAAUCGGUAAUUGCUACGGAGAUAUCUACUGAGCACAACGCCAGUGUCGAGAUUGUCAGGCAGGACCUGCAGGCCGCGCAUCCCGAUGACCCGCGCAUAGUGGUGCUGAAGCACGGAGUGUGGCGUGUGAAGGGGUUGAUCCAAGUCUCCCGUUCCAUCGGCGAUGUUUAUUUGAAGAAAGCCGAAUUUAACCGUGAGCCUCUGAUCGGCCGGUUUCGGCUGCCGGAGCCGCUUCAGAGGCCUGUGAUGAGUGCCGAGCCGGACAUCAAGGUAUUUGACCUGUGCGCAGAUGUGGAGUUUGUAAUUUUCGCAUCAGAUGGGUUGUGGGAGCACUUGUCCAACCAGGAGGCCGUGGAUAUCGUCCAUAAUCACCCUCGCGCUGGUAUCGCCAAGCGCCUCAUCCGAUUCGCUCUGCAUGAAGCGGCCAAGAAGCGGGAGAUGCGGUACUCGGAUCUGAAGAAGAUCGAGCGCGGCAUCCGAAGACAUUUUCAUGACGACAUCACAGUGGUGGUUGUUUUCUUAGAUCAUAAUUUGCUUAGCAAUGGUAGUAGUUUCUCGCAUCACAUUUCUGUGAAAGGUGGAGUUGACAAACCUUCCUAGAAGGGGUCGUAGAAUCUUCAUGAUAUGCUGCAGGCUUUGUCACACAAGACUCUCUUCUUCCUCACGGUGGGCUCCAGCACUUAUUGCUCGUUUGUAACCAACUUCGUACCUCAUUGUCCGUUGAACUGAAAAAAGACACUUGCAGGUUUUGUUUCUAAUUUCAUUCAAACCAAUCCCAUUUGAGUUGCGUGGCAACUUUAGCUCUA